AUGGCUGGGGCUUCCGCGGUCUUCAUCAUGGACAUGAAGGGCAAGGUGAUCAUCAGUAGAAACUAUCGAGGUGAGGUGCCGAUGAACAUCACCGAGAGGUUUCAGCAGCACGUUAUCGAUGCGGAGGAUGCCGUGAUAAAACCCGUAUUCUGCGAGGAUGGCAUCAGCUUUGCCUGGAUCCAGUAUAACAAUCUUUACUUGUUAGCUGUUACCCAGAGAAACUCCAAUGCCACCUUGAUUGUGGCCUUCCUCUAUAGAUUGGCGGAGGUCCUCAGAGAUUACUUCAACGAGCUUGAGGAGGAAAGCAUAAAGGAUAACUUUGUGAUCACCUACGAGCUCCUAGAUGAGAUGAUGGACAAUGGCUACCCUCAGACAACGGAGGUCAAGAUCUUGAGGGAGUACAUUAAGACCCAGUCGCAUCAGCUUUCUGUAGAUCAGAUGCGGCCGCCCACAGCAGUCACCAACGCCGUGUCCUGGCGGUCUGAGGGCAUCAAGCACAAAAAGAACGAGAUAUUCCUGGAUGUUGUGGAGCGCCUCAACCUGUUAGUUUCCGCAAACGGCUCCGUGCUGCGUUCGGAGAUCUUGGGUGCGCUGAAGAUGAAGUCCUAUCUUUCUGGCAUGCCCGAGCUGAAGCUGGGUCUCAAUGACAAGCUUCUCUUCGAGGCCACUGGGCGGCCCGUGGCCAAAGGAAAGUCGGUAGAGAUGGAGGACAUCAAAUUCCAUCAAUGUGUGCGGCUCGCUCGAUUCGAGAACGACCGGACAAUUUCCUUUAUUCCGCCGGACGGUGAGUUCGAGCUCAUGAGCUAUCGGCUGAACACUCAUGUGAAGCCCCUCAUAUGGGUUGAGGCAGUGGUGGAUCCUGGCCACUCGCGGUCACGGAUCGAGUAUAUGAUAAAAGCGAAAUCGCAAUUCAAGUCGCGUAGCGUAGCCAACAACGUGGAGAUCCACAUACCGGUCCCCUCCGACGUUGACUCGCCGUCGUUCAAAACGUCGAUCGGCACCGUCAGAUAUAUCCCUGACCAGGACUGCAUAGUCUGGAGCGUCAAGCAGUUCCAGGGCCAGAAGGACUACAUCAUGACGGCAAAUUUCGGCCUCCCGUCUGUUGGUGCAGAGAAUCGGGAUGCCUACAUGAAGGCGCCGAUGUCUGUGAAGUUCGAGAUCCCGUACUUCACCGUGUCUGGUGUGACCGUCAGGUAUCUCAAAAUCAUCGAGAAAUCUGGCUACCAGGCGCUGCCUUGGGUGCGCUACAUCACGCAGAACGGAGACUACCAGCUUCGCAUGGUCUGA